GUGAAGCCUUUAGAUGUUCUUACUCUCCCCUCCAGGCCAGUGAGAUGCUGCUGUUCAAUAAGAAGCUGACGGCGGUUCAGGCCUGCGAGCUCGGCCUGGUCACCGAGGUUUUCCCCGACAGCAGCUUCCAGUCGGAGGUUUGGACCCGACUGAAGGCCUACGCCAAGCUGCCUCCCAACUCUCUGUCUCUCUCUAAGCAGCUGAUCCGGUCGAUGGAGAAGGAGCGUCUCCACGCGGUGAACGAUGCGGAGGUGGAGCGUCUGGUGGAGCGCUGGAUGUCGGACGAGUGUUUCAACGCCGUCAUGAGCUUCUUCCAGGCUAAAGCCAAACUCUGAGUGUGUGGUUGUCUUGUUGGGGGGCCUUUUCUGUAUGAAGAUCGCAGGUCGAGUGGGGACCACAGACGGGUCCUGAUAGAGUUAGGGGAGAGUUAAGGGUAGAGGUAUCUGCACUGUGUGUGUUUCUGACGAUGAUAAAUAGUCUUUCAUUGUAAACUGUGGUAGAAGCAGAAACAUCGACAUAUUCCAACAUAAUUCUUCUACAUGUUUUUUAUUUGCUCUGAGAAAUUGAGCUGAUUAGCUCUUCGCCACUGAAGUCAGCGAAAGAACGAAUGGGUUCUUUGAUUUUUAAGUGACUUUGUUGCGUUGGCUGAUUUUCUCACGUUAAGAUCAAUUCAGGAUUAGAGUUCCACACAGGAGACGCCGCCUGGUCCGCUGAUUAUCCACAGCUGCUGCGUUUACGUCCUGCAGCUCGUCGGUGUUUAACCAGUGACUCUGUUAACUGGAGGCUUUAUUCAGCUGAAAGGGUUAACAGAGGGAGAGUGGAGCUGAGCGGGAACUGAGAUUAAACUUCGUCCCUCACAAACUAAUUAGUGAAAACAAUAAUAGAUGGUAAUAUCGCACUGUUGAGCCUCCCUAAAUCUCCACAGGUUGAAAUCCCUUCACAACAACAGCUCUACUUUCACGGUUGGUUUUUAUUUUGUAGCUGGAACAAAUCUCUUCUUCAAGUUUGUCCGUCUGUAGACUUGAAUCAUGAUCUAACGUGUGUAACAUGAAGAACUCACUGUGUAUUUGAACUGUUAAAGUGCCUUAAACACUCUGUAACAUCAGGUUCAAACCCGUGCAAUAAAAGUCAGAAUUGGUACUAAUUCA